UCCGCGGGAGGAGCCGCCGUGACGCGUCAGGGAGGAAACGCCGGCGCCCGGCCGCGCCGCCGGGAAGGAGGAACCGCCAGCCCGCUGGGCUCCGCGCCCGGGCGCCCGGACGCCGCGCAGCCGGGCUCCAUGAUGGAGUUUGAACAUGGCCUCAAGAGGUUUCGUAUUUUGGAUUAGCUCAUUGUAUUUACCCUCUGCUGGACUUUGAAACUUCAGACUCAGUUUCUGUGACCUUGGAGACAGUGAGUGCAGAGAUUGUACCAUGGACUGCAAGGAGGAGAGCUGCCCGAGUGUCAGCAUCCCCAGCUCUGACGAACACAGAGAGAAAAAGAAGAGAUUCACGGUUUAUAAGGUUCUGGUCUCUGUGGGCAGAAGCGAGUGGUUUGUCUUCAGGAGAUAUGCAGAGUUUGACAAACUUUACAACACCCUGAAGAAACAGUUUCCUGCUAUGGCUCUGAAGAUUCCUGCCAAGAGAAUUUUCGGUGAUAAUUUUGACCCAGAUUUUAUUAAACAAAGAAGAGCGGGACUGAAUGAGUUCAUUCAGAACUUGGUCAGGUAUCCAGAGCUUUACAACCAUCCAGACGUCAGAGCCUUCCUUCAAAUGGACAGCCCCCGACACCAGUCCGAUCCAUCGGAAGAUGAAGAUGAAAGAAGUGCUCCGAAGCCACAUUCUACCUCACAGAACAUCAACCUGGGACCAACUGGAAAUCCUCAUGCUAAACCAACUGACUUUGAUUUUUUAAAAGUUAUUGGAAAGGGCAGCUUUGGCAAGGUUCUUCUUGCAAAGCGGAAACUGGAUGGAAAAUUCUAUGCUGUCAAAGUGCUACAGAAAAAAAUAGUUCUCAACAGAAAAGAGCAAAAGCAUAUUAUGGCUGAACGCAAUGUGCUCUUGAAAAAUGUGAAACAUCCGUUUUUGGUUGGAUUGCACUAUUCUUUCCAAACAACUGAAAAGCUUUAUUUUGUUCUGGAUUUUGUUAAUGGAGGGGAGCUGUUUUUCCACUUACAAAGAGAGCGGUCUUUUCCUGAACACAGAGCGAGGUUCUACGCUGCUGAAAUCGCCAGCGCCUUGGGUUACCUGCACUCCAUCAAAAUAGUGUACAGAGACUUGAAGCCAGAAAAUAUUCUUUUGGAUUCAAUGGGGCAUGUUGUCUUAACAGAUUUUGGGCUUUGCAAAGAAGGAAUUGCUAUUUCUGACACCACCACAACCUUUUGUGGGACACCAGAGUAUCUUGCUCCUGAAGUGAUUAGAAAACAGCCCUAUGACAACACUGUGGAUUGGUGGUGCCUGGGAGCUGUUCUCUAUGAAAUGCUGUACGGACUGCCUCCUUUUUACUGCCGGGAUGUUGCUGAAAUGUAUGAUAAUAUUCUUCAUAAACCCCUGAACUUGAGGCCAGGCGUGAGCCUCACGGCCUGGUCCAUUCUGGAAGAACUCCUAGAAAAAAACAGGCAGAAUCGACUUGGUGCCAAAGAAGACUUUCUUGAAAUCCAGAAUCAUCCCUUUUUUGAAUCACUCAGCUGGACUGACCUUGUACAAAAAAAGAUCCCACCACCGUUUAAUCCUAAUGUGAUCCCUGAGCCUUCAGGGGAGGGCUUUGAUGAAGACAUCUCAUUUAGGACUGACUGCUCCAAAGUCUCUCACUCUCUGCAUGUUGUCCAGUUGGUCUCUGUGUUAGUUCCUUCUGCUACAAGGAGAAGCUUCUCUGAUGAUGGCUGAGAAAGGCACUGACCUAUGGGCCGGACCAGAUGACAUCAGGAACUUCGACCCAGUCUUCACGGAAGAGGCGGUUCCCUGUUCUGUGUGCGUGUCUUCUGACUACUCUAUAGUGAAUGCCAGUGUUCUGGAGGCA